UGUAUCUCUCUUUUUUUGUUGUUGCCUUUUUCCGUUCUCAUCAGAUCUGGGACAGUCCAUAUUUUACACAACAACAUGCCUCCUGCCCUUUCUCAGUGACGAUAUUCUCAGCACUUUGCCCUAUACUAUGAUCUCCACUUUAGCCACAUUUCCCCCUUUCCUCCACAAAGACAUCAUUGAGUACCUGAGCACUUCUUUUCUCCCCAUGGCAAUAUUGGGCUCCACUCGGAGGGACGGGGGAGUCCCGGCCUAUGUCAAUCUGUCUGCCUCUUCUAUGCUAAUGAUUGCAAUGCAGUACACCACAAAUCCAGUGUAUCACUGUCAACUGUUGGAGUGUCUCAUGAAGCACAAACAGGAAGUGUGGAAGGACCUUCUGUAUGUCAUAUCCUACGGCCCUUCCCAAGUAAAGCCUCCAGCUGUGCAGAUGCUGUUUCAUUACUGGCCCAACCUGAAGCCACCAGGAGCCAUUAGUGAAUAUAGAGGGCUUCAGUACACAGCCUGGAACCCCAUCCACUGUCAACAUAUCGAAUGCCACAAUGCUAUCAAUAAACCAGCUGUCAAGAUGUGUAUAGAUCCUACUCUUUCUGUUGCCCUGGGAGACAAGCCCCCUCCUCUUUAUAUAUGCGAGGAGUGCAGCCAGAGGAUAGCAGGAGACCACGCUGAAUGGCUUGUUGACGUACUGCUACCCCAGGCAGAGAUAUCUGCCAUUUGUCAAAAGAAGAACUGUAGCUCUCAUGUUCGGAGGGCUGUGGUCACCUGCUUCUCGGCCGGCUGCUGUGGGCGCCACGGCAACCGGCCUGUCCGCUACUGCAAGCGUUGCCAUGUCAACCAUCACAGCAGCGAGGUGGGGGCUGCGGCGGAGACCCAUCUGUACCAGACCUCGCCCCCUCCCAUCAACACCCGGGAGUGCGGCGCCGAGGAGCUGGUGUGCACUGUGGAAGCUGUGAUAAGCCUUCUCAAGGAGGCGGAAAUUCACGCAGAACAGCGUGAGUUUGAGAUGAACAGACGUCGUCAGAUGGGCCUGUCCGCCUCCCACCACUCUCUGGACAACAUCGAGUUUGACAACAAGGAGGACGAUCAGCACGACCAGCGGCUCCUCAGUCAGUUUGGCAUCUGGUUCCUGGUGAGCCUGUGCACACCCAAUGAAAACACACCGACGGAGAGUCUGGCUCGGCUGGUCAGCAUGGUCUUCCAGUGGUUUCACUCCACCGCCUACAUGAUGGACGAUGAGGUCGGAAGCCUGGUGGAGAAGCUAAAGCCUCAGUUUGUCACCAAGUGGCUAAAAACUGUGUGCGAAGUACGUUUCGACGUCAUGGUCAUGUGUCUGCUGCCCAAGCCUGUUGAGUUUGCCAGGGUGGGAGGUUACUGGGACAAGUCCUGUAACACAGUGACCCAACUGAAGGAGGGCCUGAAUCGCAUCCUGUGUCUGAUACCUUACAAUGUCAUCAGUCAGCCACUGUGGGAGUGCUUUAUGCCUGAGUGGCUGGAAGCCAUCCGCACCGAGGUGCCCGACCAUCAGCUCAAAGAGUUCCGGGAAGUGCUCAGUAAGAUGUUCGAUAUUGAGCUGUGCCCUCUGCCCUUCUCCAUGGAAGAAAUGUUUGGCUUCAUCAGCUGCAGAUUCUCUGGCUACCCAGCGUCUGUGCAAGAGCAGGCUCUGCUGUGGCUGCAUGUGCUGUCAGAGCUGGACAUCGUGGUGCCUCUUCAGCUUCUGAUCGGGAUGUUCUCUGAUGGUGUGAACUCUUUGAAAGAGCUGGCCAAUCAGAGAAAGACACGCGCAUCAGAUCUGAAUGGCAACACCGGGGCUCGCAGGGUGAGUGUGGUGUCAGAUCCAGGACGCCGUGGGCAGCCCAACACCCUCAGUCCGUUCCCCAGCCCCUUCAGGAGCCUGUUCCGCAGCCCCCUGCGCUGCAGCCCCUUUAAAAACCUGGGUCACGCCACCGGCAACUGCGCUCUGGAUCUGGACUGCGACGAUGAUGACAUGAACCUCGGCUGCUUCAUCCUCAUGUUUGACCUCAUCCUUAAGCAGAUGGAGCUCCAGGAUGACGGUGUGAUGCUGGGUCUAGACAGCAGCCUGGGCAAGGACAUUGUGGGCAUCAUCAACAACGUCUUCCAGGCCCCGUGGGGGGGCUCACACACCUGUCAGAAGGAGGAGAAGGCCCUGGAGUGCAGCCUGUGCCAAUCCAGUAUCCUGUGCUACCAGCUGGGCUGUGAGCUCCUGGAGAGGCUGACCCCCCGAGAGGAAAUUCGUAUUGUGGAACCUACAGAUAGUUUGGAGGAAACCUUGCUCAUGGGUCAGACUGAUUUCUCCCUUGGUGCGGAGACUGGACAUUUGGAAGGAGAAAACCCAAGUGGCGCGCACCCUGACAACCCUACGAACCAUUCUCCUGAUGACCCAUCCAUGAAGAGUAACUCUGAUAAGAAGUUCUCCUACCAGCAGCUUCCUGUGUCUUUGAAGCUCAUAUACACCAUUCUGCAGGAAAUGUCCAAGUUUGAGGAGCCGGACAUCUUGUUCAACAUGCUGAACUGUCUGAAGAUCUUGUGUCUCCAUGGAGAGUGUUUGUACCUGGCCCGCCAGGACCACCCCCUGUUUCUGGCCUACAUCCAGGAGAAAAUGCUCAUCCCGAGUCUGUGGUCCAUGUUGAAGUCAGAGUUCUGCCAGCUGGCCUCCCUGGCUGUGCCUCAGCUUCUCCACGCCCUGUCUCUGUCGCACGGGGCGGACAUCUUCUGGAACCUCAUCAACACGAACUUUAACAGCAAAGACUGGAAAAUACGAUUUGAAGCAGUGGAGAAGGUAGCGGUCCUGUGUCGAUUCCUGGAUAUCGGCGCGGUGACGAAAAACCACUUGCUGAAGUAUUCCUUGGCCCACGCUUUUUGCUGCUUACUGGCCUCUGUGGAGGACGUGAACCCAGCUGUGGCCACCCGAGCCCGACUGCUGCUGGACACCAUCAAGAGGCCAGCCCUGCAGGGGUUAUGCCUGUGCCUGGAUUUCCAGUUUGACACUGUUGUGAGGGAUCGGCCGAUUAUCCUCAGCAAGCUCCUGCUGCUGCACUUCCUGAAGAAAGACAUCCCCGCGCUGAGCUGGGAGUUCUUUGUCAACCGCUUUGAAACAUUAUCUCUAGAGGCUCAAUUACACCUGGACUGCAACAAGGAGUUCCCUUUCCCUACGACCAUCACAGCUGUGCGAACCAAUGUAGCCAACCUCAGUGAUGCAGCGAUGUGGAAAAUACGACGCGCCCGCUUUGCCAGGAACCAGCAGAAGAGUGUGCGUUCCCUCCGUGACAGUGUGAAGGGAGGCCCAACCGAGUCGAAACGGGCAUUCUCACUCCCCGAGUGCCUGAGCAACCGAAUCCCUCUAAGGCUUACGAGGCAAGAGCACUCUGCCCCGACACUGGGAGAUAUGAUAGAGAAAGUCCUGCCAGGCCAGACUCCGUCUCCCGAGGACGACGCUGUCAUCCGAGACCUGCUUCCUGAGGACGCGGGUAUCGACCACCAGACGGUUCACCAGCUCAUCAUGGUGCUCAUGAAAUUCAUGGCUAAAGACCAGAGCAGCGCCGAGGCCGACAUUGGCAGUGCCAAGGCCUUCAACGCGGUGAAGCGCCACCUGUACGUGCUGCUGGGCUACGACCAACAGGAAGGCUGCUUCAUGAUUGCGCCCCAGAAGAUGCGCACCUCGACCUGCUUCAAUGCCUUCAUCGCUGGCAUUGCACAAGUGAUGGACUGCAAUAUUGGUUUGGGGAAGCAGCUGCUUCCCCUGGUGGUCCAGGUGUUGAAGUACUGCACGUGUCCCCAGCUGAGACACUAUUUUCAGCAGCCGCCUCGAUGCUCUCUCUGGGCCUUGAAGCCACACAUCAGACAGAUGUGGCUCAAAGCCCUGCUAGUUAUCCUCUAUAAGUACCCUUACAGAGACAUGGAUGGGAGUAAAGUGGUCCUCCAUCUGAUCCACAUCACCAUCAACACGCUGAAUGCCCAGUAUCACAGCUGUCGUCCCCACGCUACAGCAGGACCGCUCUACAGCGACAACUCGAACAUGAGUCGCUACAGCGAGAAAGAAAAAGAAGAGGACAGUGUAUUUGAUGAGUCAGACGUCCAUGACACGCCGACUGGUGCCGCGAACAAGGAGUCACAGACCUUCUUUGCCCGCCUGAAGAGGAUUGGCGGUGGAAAAUCUGUGAAGUACCAGCCGGUAGAGCUGAACGCCAAGAAAAGUGAAAUUGAGCUGUCUGACAGCAUUCUGCACUGCGUGAGGGAGGAAAGCACCAGGAAGAAGCGCUUGCAGGCCAUGCACAAGCACAAGUCUCUGGACAUUUCCAACACUGACUCCAUCCUUUUCAAUCUGGACGAACACAGACGCAAAUCCUGCAUCGAUCGCUGUGACAUGCAGGCGGCCCCGGUGAUUCCGCCUCCGUCCUCGGCAACGAGGCGCGGCAAGCAUCACGGCAAAGGAUCGUCUGACGGCUCUUCGGGUCGGGCGGAGGGCAGCGAGGCCCCGGACCGGCGGGGUUCCAAGCCUGUCAUCCCAGAGGUCCGCCUCAGCUGCAUGGAAACCUCCGAGGACAAGUUGGACCUGAGCUCACUCGGAGGAUCCGCUCAGGGGAAGGAGGACCAAGACCUCAUUGACCUCUCCUCUGACUGCACUUCCAUUCCAGAGAAGCACUCACUGCUCUCCAUGUCCGACAACGACUCCUUGGUGUUUGAGCCGUUGCCUCCUCUGAGGAUCGUCGAGAGCGACGAGGAGUUCGACCUUACCGCCACCAUAGCGUCCGAGUUCAACGGGAGUCCGAAGUUCUCGGUGUCCCCGGUUAGCGGCAAGACUUUGCGACUGUCUCCUGUGGUGCAGGUGAGCGUCGAGGAUUGUUCUCGUGACAUGACGAGCCCAGACCUGCUGACGGGAGUGGGGGGCUCAGCGUGUGUGGCAGAGAAGCCAACCCGCGUGACUCAGAGCGCCUCCAUGGACUUCUCUGACCAACUGGAAGAUGUCGGACAAGAAAGCCCGAUGACCCUGAAGCAGAAGAGGGACCUGCUGAGGAAGACACCCAAUAUCCUUGACUCCUCCCUCGAUGACAUGUGCGAGGAGGUAAAGUCCGGGAUUGGACCGGGGACCAGUCCCUCUGGCCGGUCGAUCUUCUUGGACAUCCCAGAGGACAAAGCAGAGCCUCUCUCCUCACCAGAAAAAAGCAAGAGCGAAAGCAACGUUGAAGAAGAGGAUGGGGAUGAUGAAGAGGACGACGACAUGGGCGACGAAGUGGACAGCGACCAAAAGCCUGAGCACGCGGAUGACAAUGACGAGGCAGAGUUUAAAAUCCAGAUCGUUCCUCGACAGCGGAAGCAGAGGAAGAUAGCGGUGAGCGCCAUCCAGAGGGAAUACCUGGACAUCACCUUCAACAUGUUCGACAAGCUGGCCGGUGAGCAGACCACCGAAACCGAUCACAAAGUUCUGUCUACAUUGGAAAAGCCACGAGAGUCGGCCUCAGCUCCAACGCUCGAAGCUGCUAUGCCUGAAACAAGCCACCGCUCUUCAGUAUCAACUCAGUACCGUCAGGUGAAGCGCGGCUCCCUGGGAGCUCUGACCAUGAGCCAGCUCAUGAAGAGACAGCUGGAACACCAAUCCAGUGCGCCACACAACAUCAGCACCUGGGACACGGGGCCUACCAAAACCAGCCUGCUCUCUGCACCCAGCACAGUCAGCAUGUUUGUCCCUGCGCCCGAAGAGUUCAUCGACGAGCAGCCGACCACGAUGUCCGACAGGUGUCGGGACUGUGCAGCCGUGCUGGAGGAGUACGACGAGGAGACCCUCGGCCUCGCCGUGGUGGUUCUCUCCAUGUUCAUCCACCUCAGCCCGGAUUUGGCGGCACCGAUGCUCCUCGACAUCAUGCAGUCGGUGGGCCGGUUGGCUUCUAGUGCCAAUUUCUCUGGACAAGCUGAGAGUAUGUUGAUCCCAGGGAAUGUAGCAGGUGUAGCGAAGCAGUUCCUCCGCUGUAUGUUCCACCAGCUGGCCCCGAAUGGCAUCUUGCCCCAACUCUUCCAGAGUAACAUCAAAGAUGGAAGUUUUUUGCGAACACUUGCCUCGUCCCUGAUAGAUUUUAAUGAAUUGAGUUCUGUUGCUGCCCUCAACAUGCUUCUCGAGGGUUUGAACAACAAGAAGAGUCUACCAGCAGGGGGCACAAUGCUGCACUGCCUCGACAACAUUGCCACCUUCAUGGAGGCUCUUCCCAUGGACUCUCCUAGCAACCUGUGGACAACCAUCUGCAACCAGUUCCAGACCUUCCUCACCAAACUGCCCUCUGUGCUUCCUCUGAAAUGUCCCAUGGAUUCCAGUUUGAGGAUAAUAAUUUGUCUACUGAAAAUCCCAACGACAAAUGCAACCCGGAGCCUCCUGGAGCCUUUCUCCAAGCUACUGAGUUUUGUCAUGCAGUAUGGCACGUUCAGCCUCUCCUACCUCGUAGAACUAUGCGGACUGUGUUACAAAGGCUUCAACAAGGAGAGAGAUAAGUUCUACAUGUCCCGCAUUGUGGUGUUAGAGCUUCUGCAGGCUCUCAAGUUCAAGUCUCCUCUGCCUGACACAAACUUGUUACUGCUGGUCCAGUUCGUUUGUGCAGAUAUUGGUACACGGCUGGCGGAAUCCACCAUCAUCCAAAAGCACAUGAUCUUCACGCUGCCGGGGUGCACAACAGCAGCCAUGGAAUGCAUGAGGCAGUACAUAAGUGAAGUCCUGGACUUCAUUGCAGAUAUGCACACGCUAACCAAACUAAAAAGCCAUAUGAAGGCUUGCUGUCAGCCGCUGCAUGAGGACACUUUCGGGGGGAACCUGAAAGUGGGCUUAGCGCAAGUCGCAGCCAUGGAGAUCAGCAAAGGCAAUCACCGUGACAACAAAGCUGUGGUCCGUUAUCUUCCUUGGCUUUAUCAUCCUCCGUCCACCAUGCAACAAGGGCCAAAAGAAUUCAUUGAGUGUGUGUCUCACAUUCGGCAGCUGUCCUGGCUGCUUCUGGGCUCCCUGACACACUGUGCCCUGCACCAGGGCUCCACCUCCUGUAUGCCCAUCCCUCUCGAUGCUGGGUCCCACAUCGCAGAUCACCUCAUCGUCAUUCUCAUUGGUUUUCCGGAGCAGUCUAAGACGUCGGUGCUGCACAUGUGUUCUCUUUUCCACGCCUUCAUGUUUGCCCAGCUGUGGACCAUCUACUGCGAGCAGGCGGCCGCUGCUCCCUCCUUGCAGAACCACAACCAGACAGAAUUUUCAUCUAACGCCAUUCUCACUGGCCUGGAGUUCUGGAGUCGGGUUACACCCAGCAUCCUGCAGCUCAUGGCCCACAAUAAAGUGAUGGUAGAAAUGGUGUGUCUUCAUGUCAUUAGUUUGAUGGAAGCCCUGCAGGAGUGCAACUCAACAAUCUUUGUCAAGUUAAUCCCUAUGUGGCUACCCAUGAUUCAGUCAAACCUUAAGCAUCUGUCUGCGGGGCUGCAGUUGCGUCUCCAGGCCAUCCAGAACCGUGUGAACCACCAGUGUCUGCAGGGCCAGACAUCCGGAGCCCCUCCGUUUGCUCUGCGCAAAUGGCUGCAGUGCACCCAGUUCAAGAUGGCUCAGGUGGAAAUCCAGUCAUCUGAGGCCGCCUCGCAGUUCUAUCCCAUGUGACCUGCUCUGCCGUCGCCUUGGGUCCAGUCUGGGUCCUCAGACCUGCAUGCAUCCUCUCUGGACGAACCCUCUGACCGAAAAAAGGACUCUUGUGUAAACUGAUGCUGUGGGAUUCAUUCGGACUGGAUCAUGUUCAGCAUCUUUCGUGUGAUACUUGUAUAUGUACAGUAAAUCUAUGCUAUUUUAAAGUGCUAUCGCUGGAGCUAAUAAUUAAAAGUUUGGCAGGCUUGUGGGAGAUAAUUGCAUCAGGUGCCUGACUGUUGCGUUCAACAGAUUUGAAGAAUUUCUAUAGACCCAUGUUAGUAUUGUGAGGGUGUAAAAGCAAAUGCUUGUUGAAUCUUAUAUACGCUCACUCUGUUACAUUCAUAUUCUAUCACUUUUUAAGUUGCUUGGUUGCAAGCGGGAUAAUAAAAGUACGAUCU